UCCGUUUCGAGAUUCGACAUCUCGAGACAGUGGUCAUGGCGUUCUAAACGAGAAUAAUUCGUUGCGGGGACUGUGUAUAUUACAUCUAACACAAAACGUAAAUUAACUUAAGACCUAAUGAUCGUGGUAAAAAGCAAGUACUAUAUUUUUACCCGCCAAGAUGCGGAUAUCUUUAAGGAAAUUACUGCAGCUGGCUGCGGGCAUUGCACUUGUACUUUUCACCAGAAGUUUAUUCGUCGUUUGGUUAGGAGACACUACUCGACAUUCCAACACAUCACCCGCAGCUGCACUGGUUGGACUUCUAAUGCGAAAAUCCGCUGUUGGUAAACCUUUGGAGGCUACGAACUUUCAAGAAAGAGUUCCUAGGUCAGUCGCAGACAGUGAUUUUAAAGAAUUUGAAAUAGAAAAUAAUUUUUCAUACCCAUUAACAGAAUUGAAUGAUAUUUUCUUCAGUGUAAAAACAACAAAAAUAUAUCAUGCUUCAAGAUUGGACGUCAUAUUCAGGACAUGGUUUAUCCUAGCACGUGAUCAGACUUUUUUCUUCACAGAUGGCGAUGAUUCUUUUUAUCAAGCAAAAACUAACGGUCAUCUGAUCAACACAAACUGCUCAUCUUCACACAACAGGAAAGCCCUUUGUUGUAAGAUGUCAGUGGAGUUUGACACAUUCUUGGAAAGUGGUAAAAAGUGGUUCUGCCACUUUGAUGAUGACAACUAUGUCAAUGUCCCUAGAUUGGUAAAAUUGCUCCAGAUGUACAACCCCCAGGAAGACUGGUAUCUAGGAAAACCCAGCAUCCGAGCACCGCUGGAGAUACUAAACCGUGAAAAAAAUUCUCGUCAAAAAAUAGCUUUCUGGUUUGCCACUGGAGGUGCUGGCUUCUGCAUCAGUCGUGCAUUAGCAUUGAAGAUGAUGCCUUUUGCGAGUGGCGGAAAAUUUAUAAGCAUCAGUGAAAAGAUUCGACUACCGGAUGACGUUACAAUGGGUUACAUAAUUGAAUUUUUACUAAAGAAGAAACUGACAGUUGUUCAUCAGUUCCACUCUCAUUUAGAACCCAUGAAAAUCAUGAAGCCAGAAAAUUACCAGGAUCAGGUGAGAAUAUUGUUUAAUUUUUUCUCUUGUUGCCACCUCCCUCGCAUGCUAAAAUAUUUAAACUGUAAACACGUUUUGUACUUUAAUAUAUUAGUAAUAUAAGUAUAUCAACAACAUUUGAUUUUAGAGCAUGAAAUUUCAGCUUUUUCCGCAUAAGCAAUGCACGUUGUUAUGUAAACUGUAUUUAAUAACUACCUUAUUUUGUCUCGUGCGUUAUACCAGUACUUUGAAAUCCGUGUCGUAUACUAGUCAACAACUGACUAUUUAAUGCGAUGUUUG